AAACGGCAAGCGUGCGUUACUGCGGCGGCGUGGGCUCGCUCGGGGGAAGGGGUAGAACCGCAUAUAAAGUUACACACCAGAACGUUCGCCAUCGUGUACGAAACACAGGGAAAAGCGGCCGCGUAUACGAAUACGUCGGCGCAUACACUCACAAUUAUAUACACUCGUAUAGACGUAUACACCGACUGGCGAGUAAACAUGGCGCACGCAUUCAGCAGUUUUUAGCAUGUAUGCGCCUCGAUGAUCGUGCCGUGGCUCUUGCCCUAGCGCCACGAUAAGCUCCGAAUCAAGUUGCCGAGUAACGUGAAUAACGCUCUGUGUAUUAUCAGCACGCCUAUAGUUAGAGAGAGCGAGAGAGAUCGAGACUCGAGGAGCAGCGCUCACGGCAGCGAGUUUUCUUGGUUAGGUCGUCUGCUCCAAAAUGGCUCCAGACCAGCUAGGAGCGUACUACGACAACACAACAAUAGCUUGAGAGCCGCCAGGACGGAAAAGCCGGGCGGCAUCGGCUACCCCGUGUAUCGAGGCUCUAUGUGCUACGAAAAACUCGGCCGACCUCAUGGGAUCGUUCGCUUGAUCACGGUACUUUCCAAGAUCUGCUAAGAAACACAGAAAUUUGUUCAAAAUGAGCAAGCUAUCCUUCAGAGCACGUGCUCUCGAUGCGUCCAAACCGAUGCCAAUUUACAUGGCUGAGGAACUGCCCGACUUGCCGGACUAUUCCGCGAUCAACAGGGCAGUUCCUCAAAUGCCAAGUGGUAUGCAAAAGGAGGAAGAAUGUGAACACCACCUUCAAAGAGCUAUCUGUACAGGCCUCAUCAUUCCAACACCCGAAGUCACUAGCUUGACAGAUGCUGACUCCUAUGAGAAAAUCUAUCCUGGUGACUACAAACAGCCAAGGCAGUUGAUUCACAUGCAGCCCUUUGCUAUGGAAAAUGAUAUACCGGAUUACGAUAUGGAUUCUGAGGAUGAAAAUUGGGUGGCAUCUCAGAGUCGUAAAAUGGAUAUCACUGCCUUGCAGUUUGAAGAAAUGAUGGAUAGAUUGGAGAAAAGUUCAGGUCAAAAAGUUGUAUCUCUCAGUGAAGCCAAAGCCCUUCUUAAAGAAGAUGAUGAUUUGAUCAUCGCAGUAUUUGAUUAUUGGUUGAACAAACGCUUGCUCACGCAACACCCUCUGCUCUUAUCAGUGAAAACUGAACAAAGAGUUGGUAUGGCAGCCAAUAAUCCUUACUUAGCCUUCAGGAGAAGAACUGAAAAAAUGCAAACAAGGAAAAACCGUAAAAAUGAUGAAACUAGUUAUGAAAAAAUGCUCAAACUCAGAAGAGAUCUUAGUAGGGCUGUCACUUUACUGGAAAUGGUUAAAAAGAGGGAGAAAACCAAACGAGAAUAUUUACAUCUAACGAUUGAAAUUUAUGAAAAGAGGUAUCAAGCACAAGACUUCAGUGGGUCUCUGUUGUCUGAAGUUACUACAGUCAAGUCACCUAGACCAGCUUUUGCUCCCAUCUUUACCAAUCAAUUUGGAACUCAUCAAAAUUGGACCAACAGAACUCACGCAAAAGAAACAACUCAACAAAGAAAAGAAAAAAGGCAAUAUCGCAAAAGAAAAUUCAAAGAUAACAAAAGUAGGGAUACCUUGGUCAAUGAAAUACAUAAUGGUACUAGAGAUUCAGAUUAUCGUGCAUUUGGUAGUGGUUUGGAAUCAUUAGCUAGUUCAGAUGAAGAAGAUAGUGCUUUAAGAACUUCACAGACAUUCUUUUCAGAAAACGAAGAAGAAAUAGUGGAUGAUGGUUUAUAUGUGUUCAAACGUAAUAGGCAUAAUAAUUAUUUGGCUCCUCUCCCUACUGGACUAGGGUGUAGGCAUGGCUCAUCCAAUGGAGAUCUUAAUAAUAAACAUAAGUACUCUAUGACUAGUAUUAAUAAACCAACACUCAAAUGCAUCGGUCUAGCAAGGAGAAGGAUAGGUCGUGGGGGCAGAGUGAUUCUUGACAGAUUAUCUCACAACAUAGAUGAUUUAUGGGGUUCUUUAGGCUUUACGAUUCAUAAAUCUAAGCAAGAUACAUUAGGCUCAACCAGUCCUAAAGUACCUGACUCUGAAGUGAAAGAAUUGCAUUAUCGGCCUAAAACAAUGGUAUAUCCGGAUAACCAUAAUGUCAGUGAAGAGAGUAGUGAAAGCGAAAAUGAUGAUAAUAUGUCAGAGAAAUCAACUCCUGGAUCUACAUAUCCUUUCCCAGCUGAAGCAGCAUCAAUUUGUAUAGACAUUGAACCAAGUCCAAUGGAAAGUGAUACUUCUUUCAGUGCUGAAUUUAACAUAGGAGAUUAUUUUUCAAUGGACAGUGUAACAAACUUUGAAAACGAUCUUAUGAAUUGUGAUAAUUUUGACUACACUGACUUGGGUUGCUCAAAAUUUUCGAUUCCGUCAGAUGCACCGAAAAUUUUCGCAACACCGACACACUCUCAAAACAGUGAGUCAUUCAGUAAUAAAACUGUAAAUAUUGAAAGUGCGCCAGUGCGUCCUGAAGUGAAAAGUUAAGUUUUUUCUUAUUUUUGAAGUAGGACAAACGCGAUCAUGCUUGUGAAUUUAGCGACUCAAAUGAUUGUGUGAAUAAGUUCGCUAGUAUUGUGUAAUUUGUAUAAUUAAAUUAUUGUCAUCAACUUGAGACUUAAUCAAUUGGUCUUGAUGAUUGUUAUGAAUAGUGUUUAUUUUUAGAUGUAACUUCUGUACCAUAUGCAUAGGUAAAGGAAUGAAAAAAGACACUUGUUUACUUAUGUUUGAUAAGUUUCUAUUAUUCUUGAUAAUGAAUCAGAAUUAAAAUACAAUUGUAAUAAUAAUAUUUAUAAUACGAUAGUAUUAAAAAGUAAUAAUAGUGUAAAUAUACAUAAUAAACGUCACAACUACAUAACAUUAAA